AUGGCUAUGAGUGAAUUUGUGGCAAAUUUUCCCCAGUUUUCCGUGGAGGUACUUGCUGCUCGUUGUUCUGACCAUGCUCCCUUGCAUGCUUCUCUCCAUUGUUUUAAUGGAAUUCCACAUCGUCGGACUGGAUUUUUCCGCUAUGAAGCCUGGUGGCAGAAAAAUUCUGAGUUUCAGAACGUGGUUAAACAAGUGUGGGUGAGGAAGGAAAGGAGUUGGGAUACAUGGGAAGUUCUGAAGAAAAAAAUUGACCAAAGUAGUCACGCAUGUCGGCGGUGGAGUAGUAAAACUGCAGACCCUACGGACUAUUUGAUUGAGCAAAAAAAUAAGGAACUGAGUGACUUACAGGAUGUAGGGAAUGCUGGUGAUGUGGAGGUUGUUUCCCAACUUCAGACUGAAGUUAAUGAUCUUAUUGAGUGUGAGGAUGUUAAGUGGAGGCAGAAAGCACAUGAAGAGUGGCUUCAGUUUGGGGAUAAAAACUCAAAGUAUUUCCAUGCAAGUGUUAAUCAAUGUAGGAAGAAGAAUCAGAUUAAGCAAAUCAUGGAUAUGGAUGGGCUAACUUGCACCGAUCAACCUGGUAUUGAACAAGCUUUCCUGAAUUAUUAUAAAAGGUUGUUUCGGGAUGUUCCACCGGUGGGGAUGGGGGAGUGUCUCUCGGGUUUGUCUUCGAAGAUUACUGAUGAGAUGAAUUCUGAGCUCCUCAAACCGGCUUCUCUUGAAGAGGUUUUGGCUAACCGUCUUAAAGUUGUCUUACCUGUUAUCAUUUCCACUAAUCAAAGUGCUUUUAUUCCUGGGCGCUUGAUUUCUGACAAUAUCCUUGGAGCUUAUGAAACUUUGCAUUCUAUGCAAACUAGACAUUGGGGAAAAAUAAGUUAUGUCGCUGUGAAGUUGGAUAUGAACAAGGCAUAUGACAGGGUUGAAUGGGGUUUUUUACUUGAGGUAAUGAGAAGAUUGGGUUUUGCUCCCAAAUGGGUCACUUCUAGUGAUUGGGGGCGACUGUCUAGUCUUUUAGAGUGCUAUGAAAUGGCUUCGGGCCAGCAACUAAAUAAAGAAAAAAUUUCAUUAUUUUUUAGUCGCAACACAAGUAAAGAAGCCCGGGAUUGCAUUCUUCGAUUAUCUAGCGUUCCUAGCACACAAAGGUAUGAUAAGUAUUUGGGUUUACCUGCUCUUGUGGGAAGAUCUCGGAUGGGGGAAUUCAAAGGCAUUAAGGAUAGGGUGUGGAAGAGGCUUCAUGACUGGAAGACAAAAUUUAUCUCUCAGGCUGGUAAGGAGAUCCUCCUCAAAGCUGUAAUCCAGGCAAUCUCAACGUAUAGUAUGAGUGUCUUUCUCCUUCCUAUGGGUUUGUGUUCUGAGAUAAAUUCUUUGAUGCAGAAAUUUUGGUGGGGCCACAAGGACAAUGCUUCCAAGAUCUAUUGGAUGAGUCGGAAGAAACUUAGCUUCUCCAAAUCGAAAGGUGGUUUGGGUUUUUGGGACUUGCGGUGUUUUAACAAGGCCUUAUUAGCAAAACAAAGGUGGCGCCUUCUACAUUCUCCUCAUAGUUUGGCAGGCAAAAUUCUUAAGGCCAAAUAUUUUCCAAAGAGCACCUUCCUAGAGGCCACUUUGGGUAGUCGUUCCUCUUAUGCUUGGCGUAGUAUUUUAUCGGCAAAGGAUUUACUUCAAGAGGGGUUGGUUUGGAGAAUUAGGGAUGGUACCCAUGUAAAGAUUUGGGGAGAUAAAUGGAUACCCACCGCGACAACGUAUGCCAUCCAAUCCCCAAGGUCGGUGUUUGAUGAAACUGCCACUGUAAGUGAGCUCAUUGAUCCAUAUUCUAAGUGGUGGAAUGUGCAAUUGAUUCGGAGUAUUUUUAGUAAGGUGGAAGCUGAGAUUAUUUUGGGCCUCCCGUUGAGUAGGUACGAGCAGCAUGAUUUGAGGAUUUGGCGUGGCUCUUCCACUGGGAAUAUAUUACCUACUAGAGUUAACUUGCAGAAAAGAGGGAUGGAUCUGGAUCCUGUGUGCAUUUUCUGUCACAGUGUUAGGGAAUCAGUGACCCAUGUAUUAUGGGAAUGUCAUUUUGCGAUGGACGUUUGGGGGGUGUGUGGGGGUAAGUUACAAAAGUGCUCAAAUGCUGGUGCUUCCUUCUCAGAAGUUCUAGAAAUGAUGUUUGAUCGUUGGACGAUUGAGGAGGUAGAACUUUUUGCUGAGGUUGCACGUCGGCUUUGGUUUCGACAAAACGAAGUUGUCAUGGAGGGGUUUUCAAACACUCUAACUUGCUGGUAG